AUGUUCCGCUUACCGAUAGCCCGCGCUCUUGUCCGCAGCGCCCCGGCUACAUCUUCAUCGUACCCCAUACCGCGCAUCGCAUCCUCUAUACUCGAACCCGCCUUCUCACCCGGCCGAACAUUCCGACAGCCGUGUCCCCCCUUCACGACGCUCAAGUUCUCAGCAAGAGCCUCAUUGUGCUUCCCAAAUCGAUCCUUCUCCACCUCUGCCACGCUACGAUUCGGCAAUGCCAGAUACCAGCGAUUUAAUGGCCCAAGGCGUGAGUCGCUUUUACAGCGAUUCCUGCGAAACGCGAAGCCAUACCACUUUGUCAUCAUAGGCGUCGUGAUCGGCGGCGUGUACACCCACAAUGUUGAAACCGUAGAGAUGACCGGUCGCCGGCGGUUCAAUUGUAUCUCCCACCAGCAGGAGAUCAAUAUGGGCAAAGAGAGCUAUGAAGAGGUUCUGAGAUCGACUCGAGGAAAGAUCCUCCCGGAGAACCAUCCGCUUACGAUGACGGUGAACCGCGUUCUUCGUAGGUUGAUACCCCAGGCACCAAUUGAGGAUGCCGAUUGGAGAGUCCAUGUGAUCAAGGAUGAUGACAUGGUCAACGCUUUCGUUCUUCCAGGCGGGAAAGUCUUCGUCUACACGGGCAUCCUACCUAUCUGUAAAGAUGAAGAUGGAUUGGCGGCAGUGCUGGGCCACGAAAUCGCUCAUGUGGUCGCCCAUCAUCCUGCGGAACGUAUGAGUAACAACCUCAUCACAGUCGGCUCGGUGUUCCUUAUAUCCCUGCUCUUUGACAUCUCGGGACAGAUUCCUUCGCUGCUGCUUAAUCUGAUGUACAGCUUGCCCAAUUCGCGAACGCAAGAGGCUGAAGCAGAUAACAUCGGUUUGAUGAUGAUGGCGAAAGCUUGCUUCGAUCCAGAAGCUGCUGUUGGACUUUGGGCCCGUAUGCAGAAAGCAGAGGAACAAUCACCACCUCAAUUCCUCUCAACACAUCCAUCGAGCUACAACCGCAUGGAGGCAAUCCGAGGAUGGCUGAACAAGGCCGAGAUUCUCUAUGAAGAUAGUGGAUGCAAUACUCUCGGCAGCUACAUGCCUGGCUUCCGCCAAGCUUCCAAUGACUACUAUGGUUGGUAA